AUGUACGCUGUUAACCAAGUUGCCGAUUACGCUACGAAGGGCGCAAGUAAUGCUGUAAGUGGAGUUGCGAAUACUGGGAGUCGAGCUGCCAACGAAGGUGUCAACGCUACGACUGGAGGUGUUGAAAAUGUUAGUCGAGGAGCGAGGAAUACUCUUUACAAUGCGCCUGAUCGAGUCGGAAAUAUACCGGAAAACAACUACAACCCAAGGGGACGUAGUAGGCCAUUUGAAAAUGGUGACAAUGGCAGGUUAUCUGGUGAUUAUGCUCCUCCAAGGUACUCCGAAGUCCCAGAGCGCGAUUAUUCUGAUAGAAGGCCGAGCAAUUCGUUCAACAAUCGAGAUGACAGACAGGAAAACUAUGAAUACAGAAACCAAAAUGAUUAUUGUCCAGAUCCCCGAGGUCGAGAAGGAGAUUUUAAUUCUGGUAGAUAUGGUGGUGGAAGGAGAUACGGAGAGAAUGGAAGUCCACAAAAUAGACCCUCAAGGCGUCGACAGCUCUAUCCAGAACUUCCAAAAGAUGAAUUCGAAUUCUCCGAAAAUUGUGAUGACGGAUGGGAGGGCGGUAGACAAAACGGUCGAAGAGAAAGAAGACGAGAGGAUGAAAUGCCAAUGCAAUCACAAAGGGGUCGCGAGCGUGGAGAAUGUCUGGAUCCAAGAUGGGGGAUGGAUCACAAUAGGGAGUCAACAGAAACCCAAUCGUCGGACAGUUUACAUAUGAAAAGAGGAAUGAAUGAUAGGUAUAGAAAAAAAAUCAACUGGCCAAAAAUCGGGAAGAAGAAGCCUCAAGUUGAGUGCCAAGAAGUUCCGCCUAAGAAGGAAAGUUGUGUUGAAUGCGAGAUGGUUCCAUGCAUGGUACCAAGAUCGAGAUGCAAUUGUUGUUCAGGUCGUCCCUGCGGUGAUACCUCGAAAUGCAGCUGUUGUGCUAGGGUGUUGAAUGGCAGCUGUGAUUACGACGAUCGUUUCGAUAGUAGCUGCGAUAGUGAUGUAAGAGGUGGAUACGACCGUCAGCGAUGUUACAGUGGAGAUUAUGACUAUGAUCGGAAAAAUAGAUGCCAUGAACGGGAUUCAAGCUCUUGCUGUAAAUCUAGAAGACGUUGCUGUAGUGGCAGCGGCGAUAGAAGACCUGAGAACUGUUACAAUGGAGAUUUCAAUGGCGGGGAAUUUCAAUGGAGACGUGGCAGCUCCUACGGAAGAAUGAAUGGUGGAGUUAGAAAUUCCAUUAACAGGGACCCUGACUCGAGCUCGAACAACGAUUUUAACAAUGGCACAUCCCGUGGAAUGAAUAAUGAAAUGGAUAGAGACAGAAAUAUGUCUGGCGGUCGCAACGUGUUCGACUCCAACAGCCUAAAUGCUCUAAAUAAUAUUUCUACCAGUCUGAACGCUAUUAAUGAGGCUCUUGGUGGCCUCGCUGGAAAUAUUGGCAAUAUGAAUACUAAUACAGGAAUUGGAGGCAAUAUGGGAUUGAAUAAUGAUUUGAAUCUUUCAAUGAAUAUGCCCAGCUCUAUGAACAUGGAUGUCGGUCUGGGAAGUGGAAUAAACCUCGGGAUGAACGAAGGCCUUGGCGUUGGUCAGCCAAUCUCAGCUGUCUCUGAUUUGGGCGGAAUGGGAUUAGGUUAUCAAGAACCUAGAGUAGGAGGGUAUUAUGAAAGUAUGGCGGAUUUGAUAAAGCCUGUUGCUCAAUAUCCAAGUACCCAAAUAACUCCCUACAGCUAUAAUCGACCGAGCUCUGUUCCACCGUAUUACAGUGGUGAAACGAUUGGCACAGGUUUGGACAGCACGUAUGUCAGCACUGGAGACUAUGGUGCCUCAUACGUUGACCCGAGCAUGGAAGAGUACAAUCGAAAGGUGAAAGAGGCUAAAAGGAAAGCGGAGCUAAAACGACAAGAGUUGAUUCGAAAACGUGAUGAAGAUGUCGCCAGAAAACGCGCCGAAAUGGAGAAGAAAAUUGAAGAGGAGUACUGCAGAAGAAAGGAAGAGGCUAAGUGUCAACGCGAGGCUGAAAUAAAGGCUAAAAUAUCAGAGGCUCAAAGUGAACGCAAGAAAAAAGAACAGGAGCUUAUGCAAACGUUCAGUGAGUUCAAUUGCAAACACUCUCCUUCUAAUUUGAACGGUUAUAUUGUCUGGUAUUUUGCUCAUAUAGCUCAAAAACUGAAAGCCGUUAGAGACGCUGAGGCAGAAAGACGCAGGAGAUAUGAGAUUCAGCUUGCUGAAGCGAAUCAAAGAGGUCACAUGCUGAAGCAUCAGCUUGCAAUGGCACAACGUCAGAUGCAGGAACUUGAAGCUUAUAAAGCUCAAAUUCAACAUCAAGCGCAUGUUGCAUGCCUGGUGGAUGCUGUGCGUCUAGUUGUUGCGCGCCUGGUGGAUGUUGCAUGCCUAGUAGUUGUUGCAUGCCUAGUGGUUGUGGUCCGUCUAGUGGAUGCUGUCCGCCUGCCAGUUGUGGUGCACCAAGCAGUUGUUGCCAGCCCAGUGGAUGUGGUGCGCCUAGCAGUUGUCAGCCUAGUGGUUGCGGUGCGCCUACUAGUUGCUGUCCGCCUGCCAGUUGCGGUCCACCCACCAGUUGCUGCAAACCAAGUGGAUGCUCCUCUUCUAGCGGAUGCUGUUCAUCCAGUGGAUGUAACUCAUCCAGUGGAUGUAACUCAUCUAGUGCAUGUAAAUCAUCCAGUGGAUGCAAUUCAUCUAGUGGAUGCUGCUCUUCGAGUAGAUCUGGCUGUUCCAGUGGAAGUGGAUGUUGUAAACCAUCGUCUGGAUCGACAGGAUCAUGCUGUGCACCAAGUGGCUGCUGUAAGCCUGCAUGUGCCCCGGCAUGUGCACCGGCUUGUGCGCCUUCGUGCGGAGGCGGUCCCAGUUGUUGCAGGACAUCCAACUGCUGUGUCUGUAUGCACUGGUGGCGCAAAUGACCAGGCUUGUGAGGAACCACCAAAGUGCGAAGAGAAGAAAAAGUGCGAAAAAAAGAAGACUUGUGACGAUAAACCAAUCAAAAGACCGCAAUCUUCGGCUUCAAGAUUACUGUCCUUUAAAAAAUGCGACGAUUAG